AGUCCCUCACAAAACUUGCUAGAUCUCGACUGCCUCGCUCAUCUAGACAAUUACACUCCUCUCUUUCUACCUCUUAUCCUCGUCGUGCUGCAGUUGGCAUCCCCGCUCCGCCUAUUCUCGCCAAAACUGGCUUGUUCUUGGACGAAGACCCGGACAUCGAGAAUGACAUUCCUUACGAAGAAAGAACUGGACACGGAAGUAGUUCCUUGGGUCAUCUCCUACUACGCCAACAGCGUCAUUUGCUAAACUACAUGCGAAUAAUUGAACACGAUAUGCCCAACCUCGUCCGCUUUCGAGAACCAUUUGUCCCGCCAUCAUCUGACCGGCCCCUCGUUGUACGCUCGAUCGAUUAUGGUGGGGAAGAACAUCCCGCAACGGCAAAACGAACCGUAGUAGUCGCCGUUUCACGUUUACCUCUCAAGGGCCCAAACGCACAACAUGCGUUUAAACUUCUCGCUGGUCCUCGCUGGUCCCCCCUUCCACCUCCAGACUCCGGAAUCGGUCCAGAAGAAGGCAAGGAAUCAAAUGGCUACAUUAAAAUCUCAUGCGAAGAUUUUCCUCAACCUGGCAUGAAUCUCAAGUGGAUUAGUGAUGUCCUCGACAGGUUAAUAGACGAAGCGAAUGCUACCAGUGCAACGUUUAAGCACGUUCCUUUGGACACGCGAUAUCUCGAGGCAAAGAAACGGAAGGCGAAGAAGGGAGAAGGGAGAAGUAGUUAUAGGACUUCUCUAAAGGACUUUCCUCGUAAUUGGCUCCCUCCACCAACUCCCGCUUGAUAUUCUACUAGUUGAUUUGUUAAUAUCUAUAUUCUGGACCGUAAAAUCAACGUCUAUUUUACU